GCCCCACGUAGCCAUCUUCGUUUCCUGAACAAAAAAAAAAAGGGGCGAGAUUGGACAGACAAUCAGACAGAGAGUCAGUCCGUGUGAGAUGGUAGAAAGCACACGCGAACACCGAUGUGACAGUGCAAUAUGAUCGGAGCCGGAGUGGGCGAAGAGGAAAAGCAGCCGCGCGCAGUGUUCAGACCGGAGACCGUUAGCUAGCUAAGCCGAGCUGCUAGCUAGCUAGCUAGCUAACGGACAGUUAGUAACGUCACGGUGGGAUAAAGCGUAGCUUAGCUUAGCUAGCGGGCUGGCUAACCAGCCAGCUUGUUUAGACCACCAAAGGAAGGCACAAGGCGUUAGCCAGCUGGCUAACUCGAGGAGUUCGAGGAAAAGGAACUACACGUUAGCUGGUUAGAAGUAAUGGUCUGAAUCAGUCCAAGCAGCUCGGAAAAACACUGCUGCUGUUUUGAAGAGACACGAACAAGGAUUUAUUUUUGCACGACGGGAUCAACCUCAAGCCGUGGAGCUGGCCAUGCCUGCGAGUGUUCGUGCCGGGAGUCUGAAGGACCCUGAGGUAGCGGAUCUUUUUUACAAAGAUGACCCCGAGAAACUCUUCACAGACCUCCGUGAGAUCGGCCAUGGAAGCUUCGGAGCUGUGUAUUUUGCACGAGAUGUUCGCUCCAAUGAGGUGGUCGCAAUCAAAAAGAUGUCUUACAGCGGAAAACAGUCCAACGAAAAAUGGCAGGACAUCAUCAAGGAGGUGAAGUUCCUUCAGAAGCUUCGGCACCCCAACACUAUCGAGUACAAAGGCUGCUACCUGAGGGAGCACACAGCAUGGCUGGUGAUGGAGUAUUGCUUGGGUUCUGCCUCUGAUCUUUUAGAGGUCCAUAAGAAGCCCCUACAGGAAGUGGAAAUCGCUGCUAUUACCCAUGGUGCACUACAGGGUCUGGCCUACCUUCACUCCCAUAAUAUGAUCCACAGGGACGUGAAGGCAGGUAAUAUUUUGCUUACUGAGCCCGGUCAGGUGAAGCUUGGAGAUUUUGGCUCUGCCUCCAUCGUUGCUCCAGCCAACUCUUUUGUAGGCACGCCCUACUGGAUGGCCCCGGAAGUUAUUCUAGCAAUGGAUGAGGGUCAGUAUGAUGGCAAGGUUGAUGUCUGGUCCCUGGGAAUCACCUGUAUAGAGCUGGCGGAGCGGAAGCCCCCCCUUUUUAAUAUGAAUGCUAUGAGUGCCUUAUAUCACAUUGCUCAGAAUGAGAGCCCCGUCCUGGCGUCAAAUCACUGGUCAGAUUAUUUCCGUAACUUUGUAGACUCGUGUCUACAAAAGAUUCCUCAGGACAGGCCUACCUCCGAUGUGCUGCUCAAUCAUCGGUUCCUGUGCAGAGAACGCCCCCUGUCCGUGGUGAUGGACCUGAUAGUACGGACAAAAGAUGCUGUAAGGGAACUGGACAACCUGCAGUACAGAAAGAUGAAAAAAAUCCUUUUCCAAGAGACACACAAUGGCCCUGCUCAGGACGGAGGCGAAGAGGAAGAGGAUGUGGAUCAGUACUUGUUGCGGAUGGGCACAGUUAACAGCAUGGAGAGCUCUCAGUCCGUACCCUCUAUGUCCAUCAGCGCCAGCUCCCAGAGCUCGUCGGUUAACAGCCUGGCCGAUGGCUCGGAUGACAGUGCCGAAAUGGCCAUGAUGGGGGAAGGAGAACACACAGUCACAUCCAACAGCUCUAUCAUACACCGGCCCUCUGGUCCAGACAACAUCUAUGACGACCCAUACCAGCCGGAAAUCGACUCCCAGCAGCCACAGCAACAGCAGGCGACGUCAGGAGCUCGCAGGAGGGCACACUAUCGCAAUCGUGACCACUUUGCUACCAUCCGCACAGCUUCACUGGUGACGAGGCAGAUCCAAGAGCACGAGCAGGGAUCAGCGCUACGCGAGCAGAUGACUGGCUAUAAGCGCAUGAGGCGACAGCACCAGAAGCAGCUGCUGGCAUUAGAAAACAAACUCAAGACUGAGAUGGAUGAGCACCAACUGAGGCUGGACAAAGAGCUGGAGAGCCAGAGAAACAGUUUCAGCAGCGAGGCUGACAAACUAGGCAAAAAGCACCAGGCUAUCCUGGAGAAAGAGACUAAAGCUGCACAGGCUGAAGAAAAGAAGUUCCAGCAGCACAUUUUGGGCCAGCAGAAGAAGGAGCUCACCAACCUGCUGGAGUCUCAGAAGCGCCAGUACAGGCAGCGCAAGGAGCAGCUUAAAGAGGAGCUAAAUGAAAACCAGUCCACACCUAAGCGGGAGAAGCAAGAAUGGCUGGUGAGGCAGAAGGAGUGUCUGCAGCAGUUCCAGGCUGAGGAGGAGGCUGGUUUACUACGGCGCCAGAGACAGUAUUAUGAACUCCAGUGCCGGCAGUAUAAGAGAAAGAUGCUUCUAGCACGGCACAACCUGGAGCAGGAUCUACUCAGAGAGGAGCUAAAUAAGCGGCAGACUCAGAAAGAUCUGGAGUGUGCCAUGUUGCUGCGGCAUCACGAGUCCACUCAGGAGCUGGAGUUCCGUCAACUGGGUCUGGUGCAGCACACACGUGCCGACCUCAUCCGCACACAGCACCAAAGUGAGCUGGCCAAUCAGAUGGACUACAACAAGCGGCGUGAGCAAGAACUCCGGCAGAAACACAGCAUGGAGGUCCGUCAGCAGCCGAAGAGCCUAAAGACGAAGGAGCUCCAGAUCAAGAGGCAGUUUCAGGACACAUGUAAAAUUCAGACGCGGCAGUACAAGGCCCUGCGGAAUCACCUGCUGGAGACUACACCCAAGUCGGACCACAAGGCCGUGCUGAAAAGGCUGAAGGAGGAGCAAACGCGAAAGUUGGCCAUCCUUGCUGAGCAGUAUGACCACUCCAUUAAUGACAUGCUGUCCACACAGGCUGUGAGUAAGCUGCGGUUGGAUGAAACACAGGAGGCAGAGUACCAAGUGCUCCGAAUGCAGUUGCAGCAGGAGCUGGAACUACUGAAUGCGUACCAGAGCAAGAUCAAAAUGCACACGGACACGCAGCACGAGCGGGAAGUCAAAGACCUGGAGCAGAGAGUGUCGAUCCGGAGAGCGCUGCUCGAGCAGAGGAUUGAGGAGGAAAUGCUGUCCCUGCAAAAUGACCGAUCAGAGCGAAUCCGAACGCUACUAGAGCGUCAGGCUCGAGAGAUUGAGGCGUUCGACUCUGAGAGCAUGCGCCUGGGCUUCAGCAACAUGGCGCUAACAGGAAUCCCAGCUGAGGCAUACAGCCAAGGCUAUUCUAACCCCCCCUCGUCAGGUUCAGGCGGUUGGCCGUCACGCCCUGUACCCCGCUCGGGCAGCCACUGGACCCAUGGAGUCCAGAACUCUGCAGCGCCGCCAUCCUGGAGAAGUCAGAACAGCACUCCAGCGUUCAGCCGAGGAGAGUCCAUAUCCGUCUCGAGCCGUGAGCGUGAAAGGGAAGGAGAAAGGGAUUUUGACAUUCCGCUGACACGUGGCCUGCCCAGUUCCCUGUCCUCUGCCUCUUCAUCAUCGUCGUCGUCCUCUUCGUCUCAUCAUCGCCUACAUUACCUGGCACAGCAGUACCACCAUCAGAGCACGCCACACCUGUACCGUGAGCGAGAAAGGGAAAGAGAAAGGGAGAGGGAGCGCGAGAGAGAGCGGGAGCGUGAAAGAGAGUGGGGAGGUAGUGGAGGCGGAAGCCACCGCUCAUCCUCUUACGCUCAUGGCCACUCGCGCCAUCUCUCCAGCCACUCGUCCUCUUCGUCUCUGGCUCUGCUUCCUCCUCCUCCACCGCCCCCACCAGUCUCCUUUUCACCCUCAUCUCCACCAUCAUCGUCUUCCUCCUCUUCGUCUCAGGGCGGCUACGGCGGGAGGAAUGAGGGUCUGGUAGUCAGGGGCCCCAGUCUGAUGGCCCUGAGGAACAGCCCAGGGCCACUAAGGAGGACAGCGUCAGGAGGAGGUCCUGGUGGAGCAGCCGGGGAUGGAGGGUUGAGCCGCAGCACCUCCGUCACCUCCCACAUUUCCAAUGGUUCUCAUCUCUCUUACUCUUAAAUCGUGUAGGUGAAAGUGUCCAUUUUAAUCAGUAGGAGACAUACUGGAUUCGAAUCAUUUAUAUGUUUAAAAGGCGGAGUGCUCCUUUGGGUAGUGUUUUGUGUGGAGUUUGUGAUCUUUAUUCCACUCCUUUAACUGUAAUCAGGUCGCAGUAGCUAUAGCUGAGGCUGUGACUUUGGCUCUAAGUAGUGUUACAGUAAACAGCAGACAUCAUGUACACCCUUUUGGUAGAUUGGUAGAUCUCAGGGUUGCCAUAGGGGGUGGGAAUGGGGAAUGACGGGAGAGAUAAUUGUGCCGGAAUUGUAGGUGUUUGAGAAUUGAGAAUAGAAAGUGAAAAGGGCCUGAGUAGUCAUCCAGUCAUUCAUUGGCUAUGCUGGGGAGGGAAGCAGAUUUAGUUCCAAAAUCAGAAAUUUCAACACACUACCUCUGGCUUUUGCUCUUUUUUUUUUUUUUUUUUUUUUUUUUUGCAGAGAGCAGUGCUUGAUAUGCUUACUGUGGAGUGCUAGCACACCCUCUUAACUAACACUACACUAGUAACAAACUGUCAAGAUCCAUAGGGUUCAUAAAAAAAGAUAACCGUUAAAUUCUACAAAACUGACUUUUUCUUUAACACUUGAGCUUAUCAAGAAUUUUCUACUUAGCCUUCGUCAGCAAUUAAAACUCCAAUCAGGAAUUGCUACAAUUCCAGUUUGUGCUCCUGCAACCUUAGACACUACAUCACCAAACACUACAGAUUCUGGUUGGUGCUGUGAUGGUGCUGUUUAAGCAGUUCCUGUUCGGAGGAUUUACGGUGCAGGAAUUUUUUUAACUGAACUGUUUUAAUGGGAGCUUUACUUUUAAAGGAGAGGCAAUAGUGACAGAAUUGGCAUGGUGUUGGUUUAAAGACAUUAACCCAACUAACCUAAAACCGGGAGGGUGCUUAAAAAAAAAAAGGACGCCAUGUAGUUAUGUAUAUAAUAAAACUACACUAAAACUAUACUAAAACAUAGUGGUCAUUAAAAUGCACAUUUGUAUUAGGGACAAGGAGAUUUUACUUUUUUUUUUUUUUUUAAGUGCCACGUUCACUUUGCACACUGCCAUCUAGUGACCUGACUAACCUAAAGCAAAUCCGCCCCUGCCCUUAUAUGGGCAUGCUGCCAGUUUCAUUAGCUCUGGCUGAGCAAUAAUUGACCUUUUUUUUUUUUUUUUUGUGGUUGUUACACACUAAUACAGACUUGAGGCGUCUAAAUCUAUUGCAAAGAGCAGUAUCUAACGACAGUCAAUGCAUCCCCUUGUCUCUGUUUACAAAGGCAAAUGUAUAUUUGAUGUACAUGUCCAUAAGAGAGCUGAUUGCAGUUAAGUGCAUCAAACGCUAAUGUACAGGGGCCAUUUGUAUACAAACGUACACACCACGCAUUUAUAUAUGAGUGAGUAUAUAUGUGUAUUAUACUUGUCAGAGGUUUGACAGCAAGGUUUAAGAUUGUUCACUGUUAAACACUUUUGACCUAUAUUGUACUUAUAUAAUGUGUGUGUACAUAAAAGCACUAACUCGGAACUCUUGUAUAGGAUAAUCAUAGUUUUGUUAUGGAAACUAGUCAUUUGGAAAGUAAGAGAUGGAAAAAUACUGUUAUUUCAACUACUGCAGUUGUAAUAUUUGUUAUUCAAAACUAAUUCUUUUUGUUUGUUUUUUAUUUCAUUGCUUUUUUUUUAUUGUUAUUAUUAUUUUUAAAGUUUCUUUUUUGCCAAUGUUGACCACUAGUUGGAGAACGCAAGUGAUAUUACUGUGAUGGAGAACUUGAGACAAGUCUCAUUUUUAGGGAGGGGGGAAGAACGACUACCUAUCCCAGCAUUCCUUGUUAUGUCUCAGGGUAGGAGUCUGUUGAGCAGUGGAUUGGAGGAAUUGUAGUAUUUUAGAGCCAGUAUUAAAUGUGUACAGGACAUUUUAAGAGAAUUUUAGUGUAUAGAAAGUUUCUAGAUAAUUGUAUAUGUUUACACCACACAUCCAGCAUGUUUUGUUACAUCAUUUUGCUCUGGGAUGUUUUCUGGCCAAACCGAGCUGUUUACAUUGAAACUCCAAACACAUUGCAUAUUGUUUUAAAUUUUCCCAGUAAACCGAAGCAGGCUGCACACUGCCAGCUCUUCACAGGCACCAGCGUUUACUUGAAUGUGAUUUUUACAUCGUUUUUUCCCCAAGGUGCAAUACCACACAUGAUGUGUGUGCCUGGCCUCCCAUCAUUCAUUUCUUUUGGUCCUAUUCUUCCUAUGGCUGUUUUAUAACUUCAUUGUGUUUUUCUUUGUCUAUGCGCCGUAGUUUAUUACCUUUCACAAAAAAAGGAGGAAAACUCCAACCCUCUGUGUCUAGUUUUGGCUUGCCUCCCUCUAUUUCGCGUUACAAGCAAAACAUGCUGGAUUUAUAAUGGUGUCAGAACUGAAGGUGGUGUUUCGAUGCCUGAGUAGAGCUGAGAGGUGGGACCGGUCAGAAGAUCAUGUGAUUUUAAAAAAUCGUCCCAAUUUUGCUGUUGUAAAAGGAAAUUGAAACAAGUGAUGUCCAAGACAAAUGAGUGCUUGGCUGUACGUGUGUGUAGAUUUACACACAUAAUGGAGUAUGUCCUCAGGGGACGUUUGUAUGUAGAAGCAUGUUUAGAGGUGGAGAAGUGUUUCUCACAGAAGUGCUACACAUAAAGAGGCCAAACUAUGUUCAGGUUCAACAAGAGCAGGACAUUUCAAGAAAAGGGUUAUAGAACUUGUACAGAAUUCAUUAACAAGUAAUUAAAAAGGUUCAAAA